AUGUCAUCUGAGAGUGCAUUCAACAGUCCUGUGACGUAUCCGAUUGGCGGGAAAAUACAAAGGAAACCCGACAAAGGUCAGGGAAGCUUCCUUUUCUCUGCAGCGGAUCAAAGCGUGCUGGGAGCCAUUAUUAAGCUUCAGCAGAUGAAGCCAGGUGGCCGAGAGAGGCCUGCCGCAGGACGCGGGCGCGCGGCGCUGCUCCUCCCCGGCCGCGGUGGCGCGCCAAGGACGCGCUCUUCGGGGGUCGGCGGGUCUGCUUCGCGGGCGUCCGGCUUCAUGGAGCUGGCGGGGCUGGGUCGGAGCCCCAGCCGGGGGUCGCGGCCCCCCUCGGGCGGUGAGUCCCCCUUCUUCCCCCGGGGGCCAGAUCUGAAAAGCGUCUCCGGGCGGCGAGGGGAUAAACCUUUCCUGAUGGCCUCUCAGGGAACCCCAAAGGACUCUUUUCAUUGCGUGGCAAUAAUUUUCUUCCUCCUUGGCCUGGGGACUCUCCUUCCUUGGAACUUCUUCAUCACAGCUAUUCCGUAUUUCCAGUCUCGGCUUAUCGUGGGCAACUUCUCUGCUGUUGAAGAGAAUGAGAAUGGGACCAUCCCUGGCCUUGAACCCACAGCCCCCUGCACCGACGACUUCAACUUCAGCAACUGGCUGGCUCUGCUCUCCCAGCUGCCUUUGCUUCUUUUCACUCUGCUCAACUCCCUCCUCUACCAAUGCAUUCCAGACAAAGUGCGCGUUCUGGGCAGCCUCUUUGGGAUCCUGUUUCUCUUCUCGCUAACAGCUACCCUCGUCUGGGUGGAGAUGCCACCCCAGAGCUUUUUCUCCAUCACCAUGGCGAGUGUCUGGUUCAUUAACUCCUUCUGUGCCGUCCUGCAAGGCAGCCUCUUUGGGCAGCUGGGGUCCUUCCCGCAGAGCUUCAGCACCCUCUUCCUGAGCGGCCAGGGCAUGGCAGGAACGUUCGCCGCCAUCGCAAUGUUGCUGUCCAUGGCCAGUGGUGUCGAUGCUCAGACUUCUGCUUUGAGCUAUUUCAUCACUCCCUGCUUUGGGACACUCAUCUCGAUCAUCUGUUACCUCGUGCUACCCCACAAGGCCUUUGCCCGUCAUUACUUGGAGAAGAAAAACCAGGAAGAUCCAGGUUACGAACUGGAGACCCAGGCUGGGCUUCUCCCCCCAGAGGAGGAUGCCACUGCUGUGCUGCACAGCUCCCAAGAAGAGCCACUACACGUGAGCAAUGGAAAGAUCUCCGCUCCGGAGCAGAUAGAAGUCAAGAAUUCCCCCAAAGUGAUGAACGCAACAAACGGGGCUGGGCUGGCCACCCCCAAGCCAUCAUUGGUUGGUGUGCUUAGUAAGAUCUGGCAGCUGGCCCUGUGUAUUGUCUUGGUCUUCUCUGCCACCCUGUCUGUGUUUCCUGCCAUGACCGCCAGCGUGGCCAGCGUAUCCGAGAACAAAACCUGGAGAAAGUUCUUCACACCGGUCUGCUGCUUCCUUCUCUUCAACGUCAUGGACUGGCUAGGCCGUAGCGCUACAUCCUAUUUUCUCUGGCCCGAGAAGAACCUGCCCCUGCUCCCUGCCGUGGUGGGGCUGCGUCUGCUGCUCAUCCCGCUGCUCCUGCUCUGCAACAUCCCUCAGCGCUCUUACCUGCCUGUGCUUUUCCACCAAGACGCCUGGUUCAUCCUCUUCAUGGUUGUUUUCUCGCUUUCUAAUGGCUACUUCGUCUCCCUCUCCAUGUGCCUGGCACCCAGACAGGUGCAGCCGCACGAGAGUGAGUUGGCAGGUGCCAUAAUGACCUUCUUCCUGGCUUUGGGCCUCUCCUGCGGGGCUGGGCUGUCCUUCGUCCUGAGAGCCUUGCUUUGA